GGGUAACGCAACCUGCAGUAGUUCGCAACCGCGAUCCGUCUGUCUUCCCCACCCACUCGUUUCUAACACCAGUCUCACGUUGGCGAUAGCAACUAAACCUCGUUAUCUCGUGCUAGCAUCUAAAAUAACCCAAUAACGGUUUGGGGUUUUUAUUACUACUCUUACCCCUUCCUCCCCCCUGUUUCUCCACCACAAUGCAGAUGAUGCGUGGCGGUCGUGGCGGUCGUGGCGGCCGCGGUGGUGCCUUCAACAACUUCUCCCAGCAGCCCACCAACACCGUGUGCAUCCGCGUCUCGGAGAUUCAGCAGCCCGUCACCGAGGACGUCAUGCGUCGCGUCUUCCAAAGCGUCGGUGUGUCGUGCAACAACAUCCAAAUCACGCCGACGAACAACCCGCAGGAGACGUCGGUGGUGGCGCAGUUCUCCGACACCUUUGCGGCGGAGCGCGUCAUGUCGAGCCUGAACAACCGCAACAUCUUCAACAACGGCAACAAGAUGGCGAUUCAGUACACGAACUGGCUGCCCGCCGGCAGUCCAGCCCCGAUGGGCGGCAACGGCGGGGGUGUCCUGCAGAGCCCCGGCGGCUUCGACAACAACGGCGGUUACGCACCUCAGCAGAUGCAGCAGUCCCCGAUGCAGCAGCCCCCGAUGCAGCAGGUCCCGAUGCAGCCGGCUCAGAUGCCCCCGCUGGGCAUGCAGCAGCCCCAGCCAGGCCAGCAGCCGGCCCCGGGAUCCGUUUUCAGCAACCCGGCGGGCGGCAUGAUGCCCAUGGCGCCGCAGAUGGGUGACUGGAACGCAGCCGCGGCCUACCAACAGGGAGGGGCGGACAUGUACGGCCAAGGUGACGACUUCAACGGCGGGCGCGGCGGCUUCAUGCGCGGUGGCCGCGCGCGCGGUCGCGGUGGCCGUGGCGGCUUCGGUUUUGACCCGAUGACCAACGUGCAGGUCGGUGGCUACAUCCCGUAUGGACAGCGCGGCAUGGGUCGCGGUAUGAACAACAUGAACAACAUGAACAACAUGAAUAACAUGAAUAACAUGAACAACAUGAUGUUCCGCGGUGGUCGUGGCGGCAACUUCGGCAACCAGUACCAGCAGUUCGCUGCCCAGCCGACCGUCUUUGUCAGCGUCACCCUCGUGCCCGCCUCGGAGCCGCUGCAGCCGAUCUUUACGCUGAUGGAGGCCUUUGGAGGCGUGGUGGCGAUCCGCCGCAACAACAACAAGAAGGAGAUUCUGACGGUGAAGGCGGCGUCGCCCGAGGAUGCGCAAGCCAUCGUGACCUUCAUGCACCGCGUGCCGUAUGUGGGCGGCCAGGUCAGCGGCAAGCUCUUCCCCAGCUACCUCGAGCGCUACCCCUGCACCGACGCCGGCGAUCCGCUGGACCCCGAGACAACGCAGUAUGACUUCACCGCCUCGCGUCACCGCAGCCCCGGCCAGCGCAGCAAGGCCGUGCCCUCGCGCAUCAUCAAGAUCACGGGCUGCAACAACUACGAGGACACGGAAGUGAUGACGUACCUCAACGGUAAGGGCUUUACCCCCAAGCGCGUCUCGAAGAACGACGACGGCUCCUUUGAGGUGCAUCUGCCCGAUGUGGCCACCUCGGUGAAGGUACUGCUGGAGUGCCAGGGCUCCGUGUGUGAUGAGGAGAAGUCGAACGUCAUCUUUGUCGAGGGCCCGCGCGACGAACCAGUGGAGGGAGAGCAGAAGGAGGCCGAGGAGCAGAAGAACGAGCAGUAA